AAACAUCCGCAUCCGUCUAUAAAAUUAUUUUUUGAAGAUCUCAUAUUUGAACGUAAAAAGCGAACAGUGCAAAGUAAUUAUGUCAAGACUAGUAUUGAUGUGCUAGAUGAAGCACGCACGCAUGGUGUUUUGGACAUGCCAGAAGCUCUUGGAACGAAACCUACAAAAAGACGUUCUAAGGACGGCAAGAUCAAAAACCAGAGUGCGAUGAUGACGAUUAUUAUGACAAUUUUAGAGAGAUGUCUGCAUUGGAUUACGAAAAAUAUUAAAAAAGCCUACGAUGAAAUGGAUGAUGCAAAGAAGUGGGUACUUACAACUGGAACCGUGGAAAAUGCUCUUUACGAUUUCGGCUUGCGUUGCAAGCAUGAACAGUAA